CUGUGAAGGGGCUGACAGGAAAUGGGCGGGGCUUCUCUGCUGAGGUUUAAACAUGGCGGCGCACGGCUUGCGGUGCUUAGCGCCGCUGCCUUGUUAGGAUAGCUCGGUUCAGACGUCAACGGCUUGGUACCGGAUGCCUCGCGUGAACCGGACCCUCGUGUUUGUGCUGCUGCUCGUGAGCAGCUGCGCGUUCCUGCUCUUCCAGAUCUACUACUACCGGAACUACGUCAGCAAGCAAACUGGUCUACACCUCCUGAACCCUGCAGGUCAUGUGACCUCCAGCCAAGUGCAACGGCAGACCCUGAAGAAGUUCCUGGCGUUAGCUCAGCACUUCCGGCUGGCAGUGUUCCUCGCCGACACCACCGUGCUCACCCUGCUCUCCCAGGAUGCUCUGUGGCAUCGUGACCGUAUGAUACGUGAGCCGCACUGCAGCUUCCUGUGCACUGGCCGGCCAAUCACAUCUUUUGCUCUGCAAGCCAACCAGUGGAAGCUCAACCCUGGGUUCCUAUUGGCUGCUGAACAGAAAGGCUUCGAGCUGCUCGAGGUGAGAGGACAUGACCCACGAUUGGCCAGUCUGGACACCCUAUCAGGAGAAGAGAUCCCCCUGCACUUCCUGUUCCGCCUCCACGGUUACAUCAUCCAUGUGGUGCUCCUGUACGAGCGCAGUGGGAACUACCUGUGGCACGGCGCCUUGCGUAUAAAGGCCAAUAUGGACCGAAGCUUUGCACCCUUUAAACUACUGGACUACGGACGCCAUGCCGGAGCAUAUGAUAGGCCAGAGCUGAUACUCACAGUCAUUGACAGCCUCGACAUUCGGGUCCCGCGCAACAUUUCCCAUUUCCUGAUGCAGCAGCAACGGGCCCGGUACCUGGAGUGUCGUUACCAUGACGCACGUAGCUUCCUCCAGCUCUACCCUGAUGAUUCGUCCACUGCAGCCGUUGAGUUUCGUAGGAAAGCGAAGGCGUUGCUGAAUUUAGCUGCUCGGACCCUGGGGGAGCUUGACAUCCCCUUCUGGAUCAGCAGCGGCACCUGUCUGGGAUGGUUCCGGCAGUGCAGCAUCAUCUCCUACAGUCAGGAUGUGGACAUCGGGAUCUUCAUCACCGACUUUAGGCCCGACAUCGCCGAGGCGUUCAGAGAUGCGGGGCUGUCACUCAAACACAAGUUUGGAAAGGUGGAGGACAGUCUGGAGCUGUCCUUUCUGGGUGAGGACAUCAAACUGGACAUUUUCUUCUUUUACAAGGAUGGAGGCAUUAUGUGGAAUGGAGGAACGCAGGCAAAGAGCGGCAGGAAGUUCAAGUACAUCUUCCCUUCAUUCUCGCUGUGCUGGGCAGAGCUUCUGGAGGUCAAAGUUCGUGUUCCGUGUGAAACGCUCGAUUACGUGAUGGCGAACUAUGGCGCCACCUGGAGCAUCCCAGUUAGGAGCUGGGACUGGAAGUCAUCACCUAGCAACGUGAUGGAAAAUGGGGUGUGGCCUAUGGCGGAGUGGGCGGGACUUAUCGAGGUUUACUAAGAGGAGGCGGAGCAGCAACUUUUUUUUGACAUGUAUGUGAAACACUGGCUUUGAGAAUAAAGUUGAACUAAAACUGUAAA